AGAGAGAGAGAGAGAGAGAGAGAGCUGCAUUGUAAAAAGAGCCAUUCUGUUCCCUUGCGGCUGCCAUGGUGGAGGGUGUUGACUUGUGGGUGUUUGAGAAGACCUUUUGUUGACUGGAGGAAAGUAGCGGAGGAGAAAACGCGCUCCCUGUUCGGGGGAUUUCUUCCUCGCUCUUUUUUUUGGUAGCAGGCGACGAGAUCACUGCGCUGCUGUCACAGGGGUCCUCACCUCCGCUUUCACGCGGGGACUGAAUCUGGGCUGAAACUUUACAGCACGACGCUGCUUUGGAUAACUAAUCUGACGUGUAUCGCCUGACUGAAAACCCAACAAAACAACAACAACUUGAUAAUCGGAGGAAGGGAACUAUAUCCUCUUCAGAUGUAAUUAUCAUCUCCCCCCGUCCCGAUCUCCGCGGGAAGGGAGUCCGCUUCAGCCGGACUCGACUCGACUCUCGGCCACAUUGAUUGACAGGCUCGCCCCCCUCCACCGAAGGAUGCCAGUCGAUAAGUUCGCCAACAUGGAGGAAAAACUGUGGAUUCUGGAGGACCUUAAUAUGAUGUACAUUCGCCAGAUUGCUCUCAGUUUACAGGACAGUGAUAUCCAGAAGAAGAUUGACCAUGAGAUCCGGAUGCGCGAUGGGGCCUGUAAGCUGCUGGCAGCCUGCUCCCAGAGAGACCAGGCGUUGGAGGCAGCCAAGAGCCUGCAGACGUGCAGCACUCGCAUCAUGGCCUACAUGUCAGAGCUGCAGAGGAUGAAGGAGGCGCAGGUCAUGCAGAGGGCAGCACGGAGAUCUUCGGACGCUGGGCCAAUGGACGACAGGCUUCCAUGCAAAGGGAAAGUAGCGAUCUCUGAUCUACGAAUCCCUCUCAUGUGGAAAGACACAGAGUACUUUAAGAACAAAGGAGAGCUCCAUAGAUGUGCGGUGUUCUGUCUGCUCCAGCUGGGAGGAGAGAUCUUUGACACAGAUAUGGUGAUGGUCGACAGGACACUCACCGACAUCUGCUUUGACAACACUAUUGUUUUUAAUGAGGCCAGCCCGGGCUUUGAGCUGCGUGUUGAGCUGUACAGCUGCUGCUCGGAGGAUGACUACUCAGCAGGGAGCACGCCAAGGAAACUAGCAAGCAAGCUGAGCUCCUCGCUGGGCCGAUCAGCAGGGAAGAAGCUGCGGGCAGCCAUGGAGCCUGGAGCGUGUAGUCCUGUCAGCAAUGGAGGGGCAGCGCCACUGCUGCUGCCUGUUCCCUCUGUACCCGGCCCCAAGUACCAUCUCUUAGCCCAUACCACCCUGUCGCUACCACACGUCCAGGAUAGCUUUCGCACACACGACCUCACAAUCUCAGGCAACGAGGAGUGUUCAUACUGGCUGCCUCUCUAUGGUAGUGUAUGUUGUCGCCUGGCUGCACAGCCCCACUGUAUGACCCAACAGAUGAUGAGCGGGUACAUGAAAGUCAAGCAACUGGGAGGUGACCCUCAGAGUUGGACAAAAGUCUAUGCCGUGCUGAAAGGAACAAACCUUUUCUGCUAUCACCGACAGGAAGACGUGGAGUGUAAUGUUGAGCCAGCUUUCACUAUAGCCAUCAACAAGGAGACAAGGAUACGGGCAUCAGAGAAGGAUCCACAAAGUAAAGCCCAGAGUAUCUGUAUCAGUAACCAGUAUGGAGGCGAAGAUGUCACACACACGGUGACCACAGAUUGCCGUGAAGACACACACCGGUGGAUGGAAGCCUUUUGGCAACAGUUCUAUGACAUGAGCCAGUGGAAGCAGUGCUGUGAUGACCUAAUGAAAAUUGAACUCCCUUCACCGAGGAAACCAGCACCUGUCACACCAAAACAGGGCUCCCUCUACCAUGAAAUGGUUAUUGAGACAUCUGAUGACCUCAGCAGUACUGUGUCGGAUAUCCUGGCUCGGAGAAUGCAGGAAUUGGAGCUUCGCAGCCAGCUGGGCACCUCUCCUACCUGGACAUCCCUGUUUGAAGAGGAAGCCCACCAAAGCCCUGGCCACCCUCGUCUCUGUACCUCCCGCCUGCCUGGCCACAGCCCACAUUCUCCCCACUGUCUGGCCCGCAGCCCCAUGAGCCCCCGCCGCUGCCCACAACUGGGCCUGCUGUCCUCAGAUGCGAGUCUGACCUCAGACAGUGACAGCUACUGCAGCAGCAGCCCCUGCUCCCACCACCACUGGGCUGAGCCUCCCUCAAACUUCUCCCUUUUGUCAUCCUCGUCCUCUUCCCCCUCGCGCCUGAGGCCACGCACUCUGUCGCUAGAUGCUAAGCUCAGCACCCUCCGAGGGAGAAGGUAUGGUGGAGGAGGGAUUAACCAGUGCUCCUGCCAGCCUCCUCCAUCCUCACUGCUCACGCCACUCCCAGCCGCCUCAUGUUCUCCAAGGUCACCACGCAGCACCCAAACCAUCCUCUCCUGCUCCAGCUCCACCUCCAGCACCAGCUCCAGCAACAGUGAAGGGAGCCACAGCCCCGAGUCGUCCGAGGGAGCUCCCUUCUCAAGGCCCUCCCCGGCCCGACGCAGCCUCAGGAACCUCAGGGCCAGACUUGAUCCCCGUAACUGGCUCCAAAGUCAGGUAUGAACUCUCACCUGAUAAACAUUCACACUGACACAACAUAACUUAACAUGAAAUAACUAAUGCUUUGUUAUCAUAAACAUAACAUAUAUGAAACAAGCUCAGGCAACCUGGCAAACCACAGACCCGGUCCUGAAGCCGUAAAGCUGCCUCUACUCUACUCUCUGCUGGAGAAUGGAUUAUGGGGGCUCCCCUGGAGUACAACUGGAAGAUCUUCUAACAAAACGGACACAUGACAAUCUCUGCAGGCUACACUGUUUUCUGGGUUUGUCACAAACUGGAUAUGGUCCAAAACCACAUGGGAGAUGCUCCGCUAGCUUUAGGAAAUACCUGUGAUGCUACGUGGAGAAAGGGUGAUACUAAGAAUGAAAACUUUGCCCAUUACAGACGACAGAACUUUUUUUUUUCCAUUUGCGACCGCUAUCCAAAAGCUGCAAAAUGGAAAUGGCUUAUCUCAUCCUCUACAUCAGCAAUAGUUGGCCCCACACGAGACAUUCAACAGUUAAUUCAAGGUUUUCUGCAUUGAUGCACUAGCAGUAUUUUGACUGCAUGUUUCUCCCUGGUGUUUUGCAAGUGAUAGUUUUGCAUUGUCUGGAUGACAAAGGGUAGAGAGCAUGUGGCUAACUCCAUGUCAGUAAAGGAUCACGAUCAGUGAGUUUUCAGAUAAUGGAAGUGGUUCAGUGUUGUGGGGAGGGUUGAUGUUUAUUGUAUUUGCUGUGAUAUCUAUGUCAGUGUACUUAUCAUCUGAUACCUAAACAAAGAUUAUCUGUAAGUUCUCUUCAAAAAAAUACUAUGCACAUUGUUUUUUAUUGCAUGAUCUGGCUUAAAAUUAAGGAGUUGUGUUGUUUGAAAUCAUUUCAGUGAAUGAAAGUUGAUGUUAAUGAAAUUAUUGGCAUUUACUGUACUGGAUGUUACUGUGAUCUCUUCAGGUUAAAAAAAAAACUGCUCUCGUUCUCAUUUUAAUUAUUGAGCUGCACACUGAUAAGGGGCUUAUGGUUAUAGUUUGGUAAUAGCAAAACAAAACUUACAGUAGAAUAAACUAAAAUAAACCAAAUGCUGCUUAUCAUUAUCCCAAAUAAGCCAAAUCAAGCCAUACUUAAAUCUCUCUGACACUACCUUGUCGCGGUAUUAUAGGAGCCCACUGAGAAUAGCGGUACCUGCUUUUUGCAAACUGAUUUCAGCCCCAACGAAAUGUGAAAGACCCAUCAAUCAAAUAUUAUGCAAUAGAGGAAAUAUUUAUAUCAAGUUGUGAUGUGGUGGAUGUUUUUACUUUCAAUGAGUGUUCCUUCAAAUGCCAAUCAUGUAAGAGCAGGCGCACACGGCUUUGUUUACACCGCCACCUGUCUUUCUGUACUGUGUGGCAGUUGCAUCGCUGCGGUCAAAACGGGGCAGUUCUGCAUGCGAGUGUUUGCCACCUGACAGUGCAGUAUAGCCCGUUCUUCCCUGUUUUCUGUCGUUUACUCUCGACUUUAACCUUUUCUCCACUGGGCCUCGGACGGGGGCGACCGUUUGUACUCGAUAUUAAAACUGUCAAAUGCUUGAAAACAGCAUUUGUUACUGUAAAUUUGUUCUUUUUUUUUUAAGUUAACAAAUCAAAGUUUGUCUUUUGUUUAAAUGAAUUUUACAGCAAUGAUUUUGUUAUUAAUGCAGCUAUAAUGACAUGAAUAUAAUUUUAAAAAAAAGGUGAUGUGCAGAUCCUUAACUUCUGCGAUGAAUAACAUUGAAUGUUAUAACCUUGCAAGAGUGUCCUUUGUUGGCAGCGGCAGGCUGUAUGUUCUGCAUGCACACCAUCCAACACAAAAUGAGAAAUGUGGAAGUCUCGUGUUUAAAUAAUAUAACAUAAUAAAGAUAACAAAUGCGCUCUCACUUUACAACCGCCUUCAUUUGUUCGUUGUAUUUGAGUGUAUUUCAUUACGCCAAACCUUAUCCUCUGCUGUUACGCUUCAUCAGAAAUGUAUUAACUUGAAACUUGUAAGUAAUAAAAUGUAUUAAGUGGUUUGCAC